AUGGUGGCCUGCGAAAAGACAACGGGGCCACACCUCCCUGUGGGUACCAGAUACACCUACCAAUACUCCAGCAACACCAGCACCAGCCUGCAGGGGGCGCCGCUGGAAGCCAGUGGCCUGGGCCUCCAAGGCUUGGCCAUCCUUGAAGUGCUAGGCACAUGCCAGAUGGCCUUAUGGCUUCAAGACUUCCAGGUGACGUCCGUUCUGGGGUCCCAGGUGGAAGUUCUGAAGGAGUCUGAGAGUUUAAGUGCUGCUCUGGGCCACAGCCCUCUUGGCUUCAUCCUCCGUGCUGGGCAAGUGGUCCACUUGUGUCCUCACCGCUCUGAGCCACGCUGGGCCUUGAAUGUAAAGAGAUCAGUUCUGAGCCUUGUGCAGAGCUGUCCCGACGUGCGCGAGUCCAAGACCCUGGAGGAGGAAGACAUCCUGGGCCGGUGCCCCACCACAUACCAGAGUCAAGGGGGUCAUCUGCUCAAGACCAAGGAUUUGGCGCUGUGCUCCCUGCACACAGCUCACUCCGCCCUGUACACCCAGCCGCUGCCUGGGAUGGUAAGUUCCGGUCUAGCUUCUAGCUUCAGCUGUCGGCAGAGCUUCCAGGCCGGUGUACUGCAGGAGGCUGCCUGCGAAGAGCUGCACACAGCUGGGCCCCUGCUCCAGAAGGCCAGCACUGUGAGCACACGGGUGCACUCCUCCAUCACACUGCUGCACGGGGUGGUCCAGGGCCCAGCCGUCACAGAUAUGGACUUCAAAGAUGUGAGUCCCAGGAGCCUGCAGUAUGAAUGGGAGGAGACGCUGUCCCCAGCCACAGUGACCACGGCGGCUACUUUAGUGGAGAGGCUGUGUGUGGCUCAUCCCACCAGCUUUGAGACCACAGAGAUAUUCUUGAUGCUGGUGUCUGAGCUCCGAGGCCUUUCUGCGGGUGAGCUGACUGAAGUCUGGAGACACUCGUCUUCGAAAUGCCAAGGGGAUGGGCAUCCACUGGUAGACGCCCUGCCCUCCUGUGGUACUCAGAACUGUGUGGACCUCAUGAAGCAGCUCAUCAUGGCCAGGGAGGUGGAAGCAGACCAGGCUGAGGCAUGGCUGUGGUCGCUGGCCUUCAUUCCAAAGCCCACGGACACCAUGGUGCACACACUGCUGCCACUGCUGCAGUCUCCAGGGGUCAGCCCAGGCGCCUUCCUUGGCAUCUCAGCUCUGGCGCACAACCUCUGUGCUGCUCUGGAUGGGCACUGCCAGCAGUUACCUGGAGUUGGCUCCCUUGUGAGGAUUCUGGGAGAGGCUUUUGGUGUGAACUGCAGCUUCCCAGAGCCUGUGGAUGCUGGCCAGCCUCAGCUUGUGUUGAAGGCCAUCGGCAAUGCAGGGCUGGCAGCAGCUGCUCUCACCCCUGUGCUGAGCACCUGUGCUACCCUGAGGAGCAACUCCCCAGAGAUCCGGCUGGCAGCUGUCCAGGCCUUCCGGAGGAUCCCUUGCUCUGCAGAUAGGUCAGUGCUCUCGCGCCUGUACCAAGCUCCCAACGAAGACACGGAGCUCCGUAUCAAUGCCUACCUGGCUCUGAUGAGGUGCCCCAGCGAGGAGGUGUUUGCCCAGGUGCGGCACACACAGGCAUCGGAGCGGUCCACCCAGGUGGGCUCUUUUGUGUGGAGCCACAUCCUGCAGCUGCUGGAGACAGAUGACCCCCUGAAACGUGACCUUCGGGACGCCCUCCCCGAGGACAUCCUCAGUCAGCAGUUCCAGCCGGAGACCUGGAAACACUCGUCUUACUGUGAUGUCACCUUCCGCUCAACAUCUGGCAGCCUGGGAGCCAACCUGGAGAGGACCCUCCUCUUCUCUCCCAACUCUUUCCUCCCUUGUUCUGCCACGGUGAACCUCACUGUCCACGCUGUUGGCCGCGCCUUCAACCUACUGGAGUUGGGAGUCCAGUUGAAAAACACCGAAGACAUCAUCCGCAAUCUGCUGGGCCCCAAAUCCUUCUGGAGGCAGGAAGAGAAGAAAGAGGCAGAGCCAGAGAGUCCUUCAGGGCCAGAGCCAGGCCUGGGCAGCUCUGAGUGUCCAAGAGAAAGCUCCAGAAAGAUGAAGGCCCUCCAGGAGAAGGUGGCCCAGCGGUAUAGGACAAGACGGACACCAAGCUGCCAGUUGAGUGUCAAAGUGUUCGGGCACGAGCUGAGCUUCCUGGACUGUGGGCCUCUGGGUGGCCACCGGAGACUCUGGUCUCUGCCCCUGGCUGAACUUGCCAUCAAGCUUCUCAAGGGGCAGGAGGUGCAGGUGACCCGGAGGCUGAGCCUGGCUUUGGGGGAGCUCUCCUUUCCCACAGUGUCUGGCAUUCCAGGCAGGCUCAGUCUACAUGCCUUGGCUACUGUCAGCAUCUGUGUCCAAGGAGUGGCUGACUUCCAGCAACUCUCAGAUUUCUCCCUGAGGGGUUCCGUCAAGCCCAGCGCCCUCCUGCAGGUCUCAGCUCAGAUGGGCACUGCAGGGGCCCUGGGGCAGGCUGGGCUGAGGUGGUUGACCCGUGCCCGUGGCACCACCAGCCUAGACGGUGGGAUCCAAGCCAGGAAGGGUCAGGACCUCAGAGUGCAUCUGAAUGCCACAGAGGACUCUGUGGAGCUACUCAGCUUCAGCUCCAGGCUGUAUCUUGUCACUGGGGACCGUGUGAAGAAUUUGAGUGAGGGUCACAGCUCCUCUGAGUCUCAGUCCUGUACCAGUGACAAAGUGUCCCAAACCUGGGGUUGGCAGCUGUGUACUACCACGGCCUGGCCAGGGCCCAGUCAGCCUUCCCUGCUCUCCGUGCCUGUGUUCACAGACUUGAUUCUGAAGAAACAGGACCCAGGGCUUAAGCUAUACUUGCUAGAAGCAGCCUACACCCUCCACUUCCAGAAGGACAGCUGGCUCCCUGAAGAAGCCACAGCACACCUCUUCAUGGGUACACCCCAGUCAGAAGUGGCCAGAGAUGUUGGGGUGGACAUCAACUACAGCAUGCCCCAGAGGAAGUGCCGGUUCAAGCUGUUUCACCCCAAAAAGAAAAUUCAGCUGGACGGUAAGAUGGAAGUUCUCAAAAGCGCGAGCAUGGGCUACCUGGAGCUGGUACUGGACGACAGGGAUGUCUAUUACAUCAAGGGCCAGAGUGACCUGCAGCCAGAGUCAGGCAACAAGACCCAGCGGUUUGAGGCCCAGGUGGAGGCAAAGCUGGUGACAGCAGGCAGACCUGUAGUCCUUGAUGGGAAUAUCACGUGGCAGGCAGGCAGCAGACUGGACUUCUCUGGAUCUCUGAGCCACAUGCAAAGUGACCAGGCUUACGUAACAGUGUUGAUGGAGAAGAAGGCCAAGGCAGGGCUACAGGAGUCCAUCCUGGGCGUCCAGCUGCAGGUUCCAGGUGUGGCGGAGCUCCACAUACAGGGUCUUCUGGAGCAGCAUGGCCCUGUGAGAAGCAGUGCCCUGAGCAUCAAGUACAACCUCCUAGGUCAGGCAAGGCACGUUGCUCAUGAGUGCAGUACCCGCCAGAGGCUGAGGAUGGAGAGUGGCCCCAAGGACACCCGCGAGUUGGACGUGGUCCAUGAGUUCCACUGCACACAGCUCCCGAUCAUCAGUCACAAGGUCCAGCUGCAGCACAAACAGGGCCCUGACCACCUACGCUGGCAGCUGGAGGCCAGCUAUGGGGAGCAAUGGGCUGAGACUGGCAACAAGAGAAUCCUAUGGAUCAGCCAGACCUUCAGGAACGACUCAGGGCCGGCACUCCGCAACUACUUCCUGGAGUUUGCACUGCAGGUCCCUGAGAGGCGGGUGGACUGCCUCACGCAGCUGUGUCACUUGAGCCUCCGGCAGCCCCACAUCAAAAGCAGUACAUACUUGAAGGUGCUAGUCAAUGAGCAGCUGCCCUUCGUGGUUGGCGUGCACUGGAAAGACACAUCCAGGGCCACUGUGUGGAGACAGGAAGGAGCCUUGAACUUGGACAGUCCAUGGCUCACAGUGUCUGCGGCUCACAGGCUCUACUGGCCACAAUGGGCCAUGUUCCAGGCUGUCUCAGAGCUGACACUGGCCAAAGCCUGGACCCUCAAGGAUUUGGUGGUCAGCAUGACCUGCAGGAGCCAGGGCCACGAGAGGGAAGUCAAUAUUCAGGUGUACACAGAAGCCACCACCUACCUCCGGGUCUCCAUGGCAAUAACCUCGACGGCAGGCCUCUUCCACAGCAGGGGUGAGUUGGAGUCAGCCUGGAGUGCCUCUGUACUUGGUGAGGUCCACGCUGAGAACAGCCAGGGCAGAAAGGCCCUGCACUGCUGGUGGAAGAGCCUCCAGCGGGAACUGAACUUCACAGUGGCCUACAAGCACACAAAGAGGCCCCAGAGGACCUAUGUACUGCUGACUGUCCUGGGGACUGGUGUCCUGGGCCAGCCUCAUGGCCUGCAGCUUGAGGGAGAACUGGAACAGCUGCAGCGCGGCAAGACAUUGUUCCGGAAGCGAGGGACAUUGCUCCUCAGGCACCCUUGGCACCUCUUGGUCCCGCAGAACCUCCUCUUGCAGGGGACCUUCAUGGUGGACAAGCAGCACCAGCGUCACUCCCUGGAGACCAAGGCUGUCCUGAAUGAGCAGGAGGAGACCGUACACACUGUGGUGCUGGGCUGCCAGGCUGGGCACCUCUAUGUCUGCACAGGCCUGACACACCCCUAUGACGAUAAGGCUAUCCCCCGGAGCCUGGAGGGGUGCCUGGUGGCCGGGAAUCCGCACAACGCUAAGAACAGUGAGGUCAAGGUGACAUUAAAAAUCAACCAGAAAGUGGUUCUGCAUCUGAAGGGCUCACACCACAGCCGCUCUCAGCAUGGAGGGAUCCAGCACAGCAUGGCUCUGGAUGCCACCCAUUCCCACCAGGUGAGUUUUCCUCAGACCCUUCGCUUGAAUGGUAGCUUUGACCUAACACGGCGUCGACAAGGAGCAUUUGACUUCAUCGUAGAUGCACAAGCUGCUAUCAACCACAAUGCCACGUCCCAGGUCUCAGUUCAGCUAAACAAAUCAAACUCCCACUUGGCAUUUUCCUUGCAACUCCAACCUCCAGACGGCCUUGCCUUCCUGCCCAGCUUACAGGUGCAGGCUGCCGCAGGACGUCCCAAGAAACGCAAAGUGGAUUUGUCCCUGUCUGUGCGUGUGUCCGGCCAUGAGCUCCUUCUGCUAGAGGUGGACACUGACAAGCAAGAUAGGAGGAGCCACUGGGGCUGGACCACGAGGGUCUCCCUCUACCAGGCUGUCGUCAGCACCGCCAGAGCCCUUCAGCUCCAGCUGUCCUCCAAGGUCACCCCGGCAAGGGUACAGCUGUUUUCCAAGGUGCUGCUGGACCAGGACUCAGCCCAGCUACUCCUCAAGACAGCUGAGGAGAGACAGGGAGGCUGGGUCCUCAGGCUGUGGAGCCUUGGCCAGCACUCGGUAGCUGGCUGGACAGGAGUGCCGCGCGUCCUGAGCCUCAGGGGUGUGCUAGAGCAGAAGAAGACGUUCCGAAAAGGUUCUGUUAAGGUGGCCACCGACUCAGCCAUGCUGAGCUUCCUCCUACAGGACAAGCAUGAGGAGACAGGGGAUGGCAGCUUGCACAGCAUGGCCUGCAUCCUCACCCAGAACUGUAGCCAAGACUUGCCGGGAGAGCUCCAGGUGAAAGGGUGGUGGCAGACCUACACUAGAGCCCUCAGGGGCCAGGCCAGCAUCCAUGGUGACUCGACCAGCCUGGCCCUGAAUGGGUCCUGCACCUGGGACCCUGGGCACAGUCAGCUAUCAGGCAACUUGAUGCCCAACUCCAGCUCACUGAGUGAUGCAGGAAUCCCCUCCAAGGCUGGCAUCCGAGUGACAGGUGUCCAGGAGUCUUCCAAUCAUUCAGCACAGAUGGCGUUGUGGAGUACAAACUGUCACCUCCAUGGCAACCUUACUCCUUCAUCCCCAAGCGGUGGGGACAGCCCUGGGCACUGGGGCCUCCCCUUUUCCAUAUAUGGUCAUGGGCACAUCCAGGUCUACUAUAGUGGACACACCUUGCUGGCCCAGCUGAUGGGACUGUGCCUGGGGAAUGCUGAAAGGCCUCUCCAGGUCUCUGUGGACAUUCAUCAUGGUGCCAGCAGCGUGGAGUACUCCACACGUAUCUCGACAGGCCCUGUAGCCAUCAACUAUUCUGUAAACUACUGGGCCCACCAAGGCCGUCUGGAGCUUUGGGGGCACAGCCAACACAACAGCGAGGCCCUGCUGCAGGCCGGGAUCCCUGGGGAGGCUGACCUGCAAGCUGAGCUACAGAUGCAUGAGACUAAGACUUGGGCCCAUGUGGUCCUCCGUGGCAAGGACAAGGUCAGUGUGGCUAUGACAGCCCUGCUGGCUCGGCUGCCGAACGGCACACUGGAGGCAACUCUGAACACCAGCCACACAGUGCAUGCUUUCCAGAGACUGGGUCUGCCCUUCAGCAGCCAGUUACUAUUCCGAGAACUCUGGACCUUGGAAGACAUGAGGUCCUCCUUGCAACUUACUUUCGACACCCAAGAUAUGCUGGUCUUCCACGUUCAUGGCCAGAACCAUGCCAACAGCACAGAGCUGCUGCUGUGGGGCAGGUGCUGCCUCCCCUUUCUCCUGGGCUGCUGUCCUUGCUCAGCCCCUUCCACAGCCAAGCUCCAGUACUCCAAGGAUGAGACCAAAAGCGGCUUUGUCCUAGAGGUGGGGGAGCGCCGCCUCCAUGUCAGCGCCAGCCUGCUGGCUGCUAAGGACAGCCUGGCCAACGUCAUCCAGCUGCAGCAGACCUUCUUCCCCCAGCUCAGCACACUUCCCACAGAGCUGGUCCUGAGGACCGUGUUCCAGAGAGCACAAGGUGCCCACAUCCUGUGCCAGAUGGUGCUAUCGGAUGGCAGAGAGGUGGCCCUCAACGGGAGCCUCUCCAAACCCCUCUCCGGGAUCUGGAGGACCAUCCAUCUUCAAGUGGAGCUUGCCCACCAGCUGUCUCUGUCUCUGCCACGGCACUGCAGUCUCCGCCUGUUCUUGGAAUAUUCUAGAAAAAGCCACCAGGGUGACCUGGCUGUAGCCUGGAACAAUAAAGACCAGGUUCAGCGAUCCUGGGAUGGAAACUCACCUGUGACUCUGAACAUCACCUUGGCCGACAGGUCCUCUACCCAUAGUGUGGCCUGGUAUGGCUGCCUAGCUGCCUCACUAGGUCAGCUCCAGGGAACCUGGGGCCUGGGCCCACUGCAGGCCUGUGGGGCCUUGACUCAGACCCCGGUCAUGUUCAGUGAACAGUUUGAUCUCUCCUGGGGCCUACGCCGGCUGUGGCAAAAUGUGACCUAUGAGAAGCAUCAACUGCCGCAGGGUGACAAGGUCCACGCAGAGGCCACACUAGAGCACAUCCUCCCGGCCCGCUGCACCCAGCAUAGCUUCCGGGGGACAGUGGAGACUGACUACACAAGCACUUUACGCCACAGCCUCCACCUGGGGCUCUGCGACUUGCCCAGGGCCCUCUUGUUCUCUGGGGAGCACAGUCUGGACCAGGGUGCACUCCUGCUGAGUUCUCAAUACCAUCUGGGGCUUCCCCCAGACCCUGACCGGGGCCUGCACUUCAGCCUAACCCUCCACAACCACAGCCGACCUAAUGCACCUGAAUUCUCUGGGCAGCUGGAGCUCCAAGGCCCCAGGGCUCAGCGGCUCAGCUUGCUGGGCCACAUCUCUACCUCAGCUUCCCAAAGCAUGGUCCAGCUGGAGGGCAGGACGGAGAAGAAGGAGAAACUAAGGUUGUUGGUGUCCCGGGCCCUGAGCUGUCUUCAGGCUUCUGCCACCCAUGUGGAAGGGAGCGGAGAAGAGAGUGUGAUGGUAUGGGCAUGUGCCCACAAGAGAGCCAUGGAGGUGGAAGCCCUGCUCCAGAGCAGUGAGCAACCUGCCCAGCGUCUGGGGCACCUGACCCUGCAGGCAGCUAACCAGAGCCUCCUCCUAGUUGCACAUGGCUGUCAAGGGGCCCUGCUAAGCCAUAUGGAGUCCAAGAUGGCAGCAAUUGGCUCCCUGGUGCAGGCCCAGCUGGAAGAGAGGUUCCAGAAGCUGCAUGACUACAUGAGAGGUUUUCAGAACCUGGUACAGCCAGUGGGCACCCUGGACACUGCAGCGGAGUGUCUGCUGCAGUUGACCCAGGUGGGGCUAGGUGCUGUUCAGGCAGGUGGCCAGGUGGUGGCUACCUUGUGGGGCCGCAGCCAGGCCAGACACUUGCUGGCGGGUAGCCUGCCUCUCUACCUGGAGCAGCUGCAGCUGGAGAUGAAACAGCUGGAGAAUGAGCUGGAACAUCCCCUGGCCACGCUGAAUGAGGCCUACUCAGACGUGAUGCUGCGGUCCCUGGAUGAGGUGUGGCGACAGCGGGCUGAGGAGGCCAGGCAGUGGCUGCAGGCCUGGCUGUUCAGGCUGCUGGGAACUUGGAGGCUAAGGCCCAUCCAGGUGGCCCUGGGAGCUGUGAUGGGUACCCUGGAGCUGGCCACCCACCAUACACUAUCCUGGGCUGAGGCUGAGGUCUCCUGGGCCCUGAGGCAGCUCUGCAAACCUUUGCUGAACAUGUUCAGUUACUCAGCCAGGAACUGCUCUGUGGUGGUAAGGCUGCCACUCCUGUCAGUGGGGGAUGAACCCCUGGAUGCGGCCCAGGUGGUCAGUUACCUGCUGGAAGACAAACUCCUGUGGCCACUCCGCAGGCUGUAUGAGGCUAAUGUGCUGGCUGAGUUCUAUGGGUUCCUGCAGCGGCGGCGACUACUGAGGAGGCCCUUCAAGUAUCGUGCUGUGGUGGCCGGCGCCAGGUACAUGGUGACCUUUGAUGGGCAGGUGUGGGACCUGGGUCCCCGCUGCGGCAGCUUCCUGCUGGCCAAAGACCUCACUCAGCAAACAUUCUCCCUGAUGCUGAGCCGCAUGAGCUCUGGGUUCACAGCCCUCCGUGCACAGCUGAACCACACAGCCCUCGUUCUGUAUCCUAGCCUAAAGGCUUACAAGCUCUAUGACACUGCCUUGCCUGGGGAGGGCUGCUGGGAUUUAGACCCAUCUCCUGCUGUGCUGAACACUGGGCCCAGGGUUGAGCUGAGCAGCGAGGAUGGUGUAUCUGUCUCCUGUGACGUGCCGGGAGGCCUGUGCAGCCUGACGCUGGGCCUGUGGCACCAUGGAACAUCUGCUGGCCUUCUGGGUACCAACAACAAUGAGGCAGAUGAUGAGCUAAUGUUGCCAGAUGGCACAGAAGCUGCCAGCCUGGAGGAGCUCACCCAGGCCUGGCAGGUGGGGGAGAACUGUGCUCCUGUACAGAGGGCAGAGCAGCCAUGUUCAGGACACAGCAGCACCUGCCAGGCCUUCUUCCAAGAGCCCUGGUCUAGCCUGGGCAACUGCUUCCAGGUGGUGGACCCUGCCCCAUUCCUCAGACUGUGUGUCCAAGACACCUGUGACCCUAAGGAUCUCCAACCCGCCUGCUACCUGGCAGGUGCCUACAUCCACCUGUGUGCCCAGGACUCUGUGCCCUUGGCUCUUCCCCUGCAGUGUGGUGAGUUCUCAUUCUGGUCUAGCCUUGGGUAA